AUGUCUUUUCCAUAAGGAAUUCCAAUGAAUGCUGUUUAUAAGCAAGUAGUUAUGGAGCAUAAAGAAGAUGAUAGAGUGGAGCAACUGGAGGCACAAAUUUAUAACAUGGAAAAAGAUCAUAGCAUGUGGAGAAAGAAGUAUUUUGAGCUUGAAUCAUUAUACGAUAAGUGUCGAUAUGCUGCUGAAAAAUCAGUCUAAUUAGAAGAUAGAAUCAAUCUAUUGAGAUAGGACAAUUCACAAAUAUCUUCCUUGCUUAGAGAAAAAGCUACAGAAUGCGAAAAAAUGAGAGUGAGAUUGACGCAAUUGGAAAAUGAAAAUUUUGAGUUAAAUACAGUUAGAUUGUAAGUAACCAAAUUCAAUGAUCUUCUGUAAUAAAAGUCCUAAGAUAUCGAGCUAUUAAGAAAGAAAAACUCAGAAAUCUAUGCUAGAGUAAUUGAAUUAGAAGGAAAUGAAUUAGUUAUAAGAGAUUACAAGUCUUAAGUAAACAGUUUGACAAAGGAUUUAGAUGUUUGGAAAAAGUUGUAUGAGGAUUAGUAACAGGAAAGAGUCAAGCUUCUGGAAAUCAUCAGAUAAUUUGAGUAAAACAAUCCUUUAACAGGAUCAACUAAAUCAUCCUAAUAAUAGGUUAGUGAAGUUAUUGAAAGAAGAGUUGUCACCACUUCAGAAACGACUAAUAAUACUCAAUAAUUAUAAUCAUAGCUUUUAUAAAACCAAGCAACCAUAUCUGAUCUAGAGGAUAGACUAGGAUUCUCAGAGAAGUAAUACGAUAAAUUGAAGUAAGAAUUAGAAGGCAGGAUUAAAUUGAAUAAUGAACUUAAAAUUAAAAUAACAUAGUAAGAAUGCGAAUUAAAGAAUAUAAAUUAUUUGAAAUUAGAUAAUCAAAAAUUAAAGGAUCAACUUGAUUAAACUAAAAGAGAACUAGAUUAAUUUAGAAAAUAAUAUUAUGCGACUUUAAGUAAAUUAUAGAUUGCUGAAUAAUAACUCAAUGAAUUAUACAAUCUAGAAAACAGACUCUAAUUACUAUAAUAAGAGAGAGACACCUUAAAAAAAUCAUUAAAAUAAAAAAAUGAAGACAUUGGAUAAUUGUAAGACAAGGUUUCUUCAUUGUUAUCCUAAAUAGAAUAAUUGAGACUUAAUGAUUAAGCAAGAAAUGCUGCUGAAAAUGAGGUUAUCUAACUCAAAACUGAAUUAAGCAAACUCUAAGCUAAUCUUAAAUAGAAAGAAUAAACGAUCUCAGAUUUACAUGGAAGAUUAAAUGACUUAUAAAAACAAUUAACUAAUGCUCAAUCUGAUUUUAAGAGAUUGUAAGCUAAGGAUUACUCAGGAUUAUAGGAUCAAGCAAAAUUAGUUAAUGAAUUAUAGUAAAAACUACUUUAAUUGAGCUAAGAUAAUUCUAAAUUCUAAAGUUAAGCAUUCAAUUUGGAAUCUAAGAACAAUACACAAGUUCAAGAUAUUUAAAGAUUGAAUUCUUUAUUGUAGGUCAAAACCUAAGAGCUCUCAGAUGCAAAUAAGAAAAUUUAUGAUUUAGAAAAUGAUAAAACAAUUCCUGAUCUUAAGUUUUAGAACUCCUAAUUAAUUGCUGAAUUGAGAGAAUAAGAAACUGAGAAUAAAGGUUUGCAAGAGAAAUUACAAAUCUUGGAAAAUUAAAUCAUUCAAGUAAAUACUAAAUUGACUACUGCUGAAGCUUAGGCCAAUUGCAAUUUGAAUGAGAAGAAUAAGGUUGAUUAAUUGUUGACUUCCUAUUUGCUUCAGUUAUCGUAAUUAGAAAAAGAAGUAGAUCAACUCAGAGUCAUAGCCCAAUAAGUAGCAUAGUAGAGUGCCAUAAAUAAAUAAUAAGAAUAACUCGUAUAAGCAUUAUAGAAAUAAUUAAAAGACUAAACCAGCUAAUUCAAUGAAUUGAGUAAAGAGAAUGAGAAAUUAUAUGUUGAUAAUUCUCAACUAUCUACUCGAAUUUCGUAAUUAAGCGAAUUGCCAAACAAAAUCUAAAUUUUGGAUGAGGGACUUUAGAAACUUUAAUAAGAUUAUAAUAAUGAAUUAUAAGCCAAUGAGACUCUAAAUAAACAAUUGAAUGAUGCAUUAAAAGUAAAGAAUGAUUUAGAAAAUAAAAUAGCUAUGUUAUCAACUGAAGUUGAAAGAUUUUAGUAUAAAUUAAAUAGCAGAUAAAAUGAGGCUGAGUAAUUAAAGAAAAAAAUCGUAGAAUUGGAAACAUAAAUUGCUUUACUGAAAUAAUUUGAAUCAGAUAAUUAAGUGCUUGCUGAUAAAAUUUCUCAUCUCGAAUAACAAUUAAUCGAUGAAGCCAAUAAGAACUUAGAACAUCUAUUAAGAGUUAGUUAAGAUGAAACAAAAUAAUACAUUUUGGAUAAUAAUAAACUUAAAUAACAAUUAGAUUAAAGGGAGCAAGAAAAUAAGUAAAAGGAUGAAUCGUAUAAAUAAUUAGAAUAAAAAUAUUAAUAACUUCAAAGUUCGAAUAAGAAUUUAGAAGCUUAGAAUACUCAAAUUGCUGAAUUAUAAAAUGUAAUUGCUGGUUAAGAGAAUGAUAUUCAAAAAUUCUAAGAUCUCAUUGAAGAAUUAAGAGAUAAAAACAACGAUCUAGUAGCAGAUUCUCAAAAAUUAUAAAUUGAAUUGACUUAAUAGUAAGUAUAGAUUGCAGAUUUGAAAAAUUAAAUUGAAAAACUCAAUACUCAAGUGAAGAACAAUUAAAAUUAUGACUAAUUAAUAGAAGAAUUGAAGAAGAAGAUAGAGAAAUUACAAGAGGAGAAAUACUAAUUAGAAAACAAAGUGGCCUUAUUGUCAAGUGAAAUAGAGAGAAUGAGAGUUAAAUAUGAUGCUUAAGGAAACAAAUUGAAUAUUUCAGAGGAGUAGAAACAAGGCUUAACCAAGGAGUUGGAAUAAGUACAUAAGUUAUUUGAAGAAUCAUAGGAUGAAAUAGAUAAAUUGCAGGAAUAAUUAUCAAAACAGAAAGAAUUAGAAUAAAAGGAAUAGGCUCUAAGUUUAACUUUGGUAAAUGCUUUCAAUGAAAUUGAUGCAUUAAGAUAAUAAUUGCAGAAGGUUUCAAAUGAAGCCAAUGAAUAGAAGAAGGCCAACAUAGUUUUGGCUACAUAAUAAUAAUGA